UACUACAUAUCCAUUCAUAGUGUAUGUAGUGAAUUAUGCACCGCUUCAGAAACGUCAAUUUCUUUUCGAACCAAUCAUGGUUCGAACAAAAUCUUCGCAUAACCCUUUAAUGUUUUUAUAAGAAGUAAAACUACAGUUCUAUACAUUAACUACUUGAAGUGUAAUUUCUUCGAGCUGUUUUAAAGUUUUACAAAUAUGAAAUGUUAAGGGAUGCACUUCUCUCUUAAUCGCGUAACCUCUACUUAAUUAGAUUAUCAUGUAUCAUAGGAAAAUGAGAUCAUGUCAAAGGUUCCUUACGUAUCGAAAAAUAUAGUGAACGAUCUACUGCGAUAUUGACAUUACUAAUGAUAUCGGAUGAAGCUAAAUGUUAUUACCAUGUUUCGACGAAACAGAUUGAAGAACAAAGCGACUGUUGUUGGUCUUGUUAUAUUGGCUACUGUAGUAUAUAACGAGUUUCUAGUUUAUGAUAUACAAAAAUUCAAGUGGUCUGUACGAGAAUGUUCAGAAUGCGUGAAAGUAUUACUUGUAGCGGACCCACAGAUACUGGGCAGGAAAACAGAGGUUUAUUUUGGUGCCUGGAUGGCACAAUGGGAUAGCGAUAGGUACUUAAAGAAGACAUUUUCAAGAGCUUUGGAUCAUUCUCAGCCACAUGUAGUUGCAUUCCUGGGUGAUUUAAUGGACGAAGGUCACAUUGCUAAUGCAGGAGAAUUUAAAGAUUACAAGAGAAGAUUAGAUUCUAUAUUUGACAUGCCUGAUCACAUAAUGAAAAUUUACUUACCCGGUGACAAUGACAUUGGAGGGGAAGAAGAUUCGGUCUCGUAUAAUAUGAACAACAGAUUUAAUUUUGCAUAUACACAGCCUGCUACCUUAGUUUAUAAGUCGGUAACAUUUUUCAAGGUUAAUAGAUUGACUCAUACAAUGCCAGAAGCUCCAAAAGAUGCCUUCCUAAACGAUUAUGCAGAAAGAAAUACAACAAAUGUUGUGCUCAGUCAUAUGCCUUUACUGUUUAUGCCUGGUGCUUUUGUGCAAAAUGUGCUUAAAGAAUUGUCUCCUCAAAUUAUUUUUACUGCACAUGAGCAUAAAGCAAUGCAUAUUAGUUUAGAUACAGCAACAGACCAAUUGAGUGAGAUUUGGAUUUUACCCCCUAACGAAACACCAUUGUAUCAAUUAAGAAUGGAUGUAGGGGACAUUCAUGAAGUGGAAAUGCCCACCUGUUCGUAUAGAAUGGGCACACCUCAUAUAGGAUAUGGCUUAGCUUACAUUGAUACUCAAGAGAAGACCGUAGAAUUUACUAUUUUAUGGCUACCAGGAAGAUUUCCACAAUUGUGGAUUUACGUUUAUGUUGGAGUAUUCAUUCUCGUAUUCAGUAUAUUUUUUUAUAUAUCCAGUUGCUGCUUCAAAAGUCAUGCCGGUUAUACUCGCAUGUCUUCGAUUUAGUGCACCACGUAAUUAAAUACAGUUUAAGCCCGUUGAUCGAUGAUAACUUGACACUAGAACUGAGGUACAAAGAUCCGUCCAAUAAAUGUGAUUCUACUACCAUCUAUGUCAAGUUUCAAAAUAAGUAUUGUGAUUAAGAUCUAUCAAGAUUCAGUAUUUAAAUACUGAACCCUCUUUAAAGAGGGUAACAAUUUAUCAGUAAACGGGGCUAAACGUACUCCUUAGGAAAUGUUCCUAAAUUAUCAUGGUUAACAUUUCAAUAUUAAUUCUCAUUUUUAAUGAAUCCAUUUACGUUUUACAUUAUACAUCGAUUUCAACGUAUAUAUAUAUAUAUUCUUAAUCUUCUUAAAAAUUCAUUCACACAUGAAACGAUGCCAAACUAAUUUAUUGGUAGCGUAUGCAAAUACUUAAUAUAACACAUAUAAUGAAUCUCUAAUGAAAAGGUAACAUAGAAUCUCUAUAAAGAACAUUAUGUUCUUUUUUAUUACUUUUAUUUUGUGAAGUAGCGUAUACAGUAGCUACAAAGUUAACAUGACAAAAAAACGGCUACGUUUCUCCCUAUUUAGUUAAAUGGAAGGAGACGAUAAUGACUUGAUUAAGGUAUAGUGACAAGUUGUUGAGCAAGAGAUCAUUUUAGAAGAGAGAAUUUAUAUUUGCGUGUAAGACUGUAUAUAUCUGUUUUCUCGAAAUAAAUACGAAACGUUGAA